CUUCGGCUGGCUGUUGCCACUAAUUGCCAAUUUGAUCACUCAAUGUUUGAACGAAUUUUCACUUAGUUUCAGUUGCGUUUUGCAUCUGCAACAUUCUCAUUCGCGGCAAUUAGAAAUAUUUUCUUUCGUUGCACACGCGCGCGCCCAGCAAAGAAAUUUAUUUAGAUUUAUUUCCUUUCCGCCAGUUUCACUAAAAUAUUUCGGUUUUUGUGCCUGUGUGUGUGUUCGUUUCGCCCGCGUCGUUACGGCCCAUUUAUUUAAUUGUGCCGCAAUUAGUGCUUAAUUGUUGCAGUAAUCUAGUCGGCGUUUUACCUUUUUCACUCUCCCGUUUACUGUGUGCUCUGCGCUCCGCGUGUCGUGCGUGUGAAAUGUUCGAUCCCAAAUACAGCUACAGAAGACGACCGGCCGAUGUGUUUCAACUUAUGUAUCCCAGUUAUUUUCGUAAGCGUCAUUAUUACAACAAUGAUUCUUUUGCGCGUUCGCUGGGACCACGGCCGACCAUCUAUCGGCGGCGUUUUGUGAGACCUUUACUACUACCAACACCAGAUCAUCCAAAUAUGAAUGGCUACAGUCGCAAGUCACCAUCGAAGCGUCGCUAUGAGGGCUCGAAGUAUCCGGUGUUGCCGAAGAAGAAGCCACGUACGGGCAAGGAGCGCAUACCGCAACCGAAGAACACUGUCGCCAUGCUGAAUGAGCUGCGCCAUGGCUUGGUCUAUAAGCUGGAGUCGCAAACCGGUCCGGUGCAUGCACCGUUAUUCACUAUAUCCGUUGAGGUGAGUGUGGUGAAUAUACCAUAA